GGUUUGCUCCACCCCUUUGACGUAGACUAGUGGUUCAAAGCAAAAAAAAAGUCUACACACAAGGAAAGCGGGAUGUUUCAUAAGCGAAUGUGAAAUCGUCUGUAUUUUCUCGUGCUCCCCGUCCUCCGAACAACAAUAAAAACCAAGACUCUGCUGCGCCCUUCCAUCCAGUGACGCCUCCCCACUGCUCUGAUUGGCCGCUUCUUCCGUCUCCGCUCCACCCCCUCAGACAACCAUGGGAGAGAAACUGGCCUCGUUUGGCCGGAUCUUGUUGCGCCGCAGGGCCCUGGACUGUUCCGAUGAGGGGACCCGCUUCGCCCGCUGCCUGUCCACCCUGGACCUGGUAGCCCUGGGGGUGGGCUCCACGCUGGGGGCUGGGGUGUACGUCCUAGCUGGCGAGGUGGCCCGGGAGAAGGCCGGACCCGCCAUUGUGCUCUGCUUCCUCAUUGCAGCGCUCUCCUCCAUGCUGGCUGGCCUCUGUUACGCCGAGUUUGGCGCCCGCGUUCCCAAGACCGGUUCGGCGUACCUCUACAGCUACGUGACGGUUGGCGAGAUCUGGGCCUUCAUCACGGGGUGGAAUCUUAUCCUCUCAUAUGUCAUUGGCACCGCCAGCGUGGCCCGAGCCUGGAGCUCCACGUUCGAUAACUUGGUGGAGCAGAAGAUCUCUGACUUCUUCAGGUCAUCCAUGGCUAUGAAAGUGCCAGGUGGUGUGCUGGCUGAAUACCCAGACCUGUUCGCACUCAUCCUCGUGCUCCUGCUAACGGGGCUUCUGGCGUUUGGCGUGAGCGAGUCGGCUCUGGUGAACAAGAUCUUCACAGGGAUCAACCUGGUGGUGCUGGGCUUCGUCAUCAUCUCCGGCUUUGUGAAGGGAAACUCGGCCAACUGGAACCUGACCCAGGAAAACUUCCUUGACACCUACACUAAACUGGACAACAGCACUAAUGCCUCCAGCAUAUCUCAGAUGGUUGUGGAUAAAACAUUUGGCACAGGUGGUUUUGCUCCCUUUGGCUUCAGCGGCAUUCUGUCCGGCGCCGCCACCUGCUUCUAUGCCUUUGUGGGUUUCGACUGCAUCGCCACCACAAGCGAAGAGGCUAAGAACCCCAUGCGCUCCAUCCCUGUUGGCAUUGUGGCCUCCCUGCUCAUCUGUUUCUUUGCCUACUUCGGGGUGUCUGCGGCCCUCACUCUCAUGAUGCCCUACUACCUGCUGAACACACAGAGCCCCCUGCCAGAGGCCUUCAGCUACGUGGGCUGGGCUCCGGCUCGCUAUAUUGUAGCUGUGGGCUCCCUCUGUGCCCUCUCCACAAGCCUGCUGGGGUCAAUGUUCCCCAUGCCCAGGGUCAUCUACGCCAUGGCUGAGGAUGGCCUCCUAUUCCGCGGCCUGUCCCAGAUCAACGUUCGCACCAAGACACCCCUGAUGGCCACCAUCGUGUCCGGCUGUGUAGCAUCGCUGAUGGCCUUCCUGUUUGACCUGGCUGCACUGGUUGACCUCAUGUCUAUAGGGACUCUGCUGGCCUAUUCACUAGUGGCCAUCUGUGUGCUCAUCCUCAGGUACCAGCCAGGGACCCUGAGCUCGUCCAGUCAGACUGAGAAGCUGGUUGAGAUGGUGGGAGGCGAGAGCGUUGCCCUAUCCAGGGAGGACAGCGGGGAUGAGUACGGCCCAGAGCCAGUGGCGCGCCCCCUCAGGGAGAAGUUCACCCCCCGCCUCCUCCUCUUCCCCAGUGGGGACUUGCCCACGAAUGCCUCUGGGAACAUUGUCUACAUCACCACAGCCGUUAUAUCGGUGCUCAUCACUGUGCUGUCCGCGGUGCUGGCGGUGAAGCUGGACGACCUGAUGGAGGUCCAUCCUGGCUGGGUGUCCGUGUGCGUUAUCCUGGCGUUGUUCUGUGUUCUUUGUGUCGUGGUCAUCAAGAGGCAACCCCAGAGCAAGGAAGCCCUCACGUUCAAGGUGCCCCUGCUGCCGUGGCUGCCUCUUUUCAGCGUCUUCGUCAACAUCUACCUGAUGAUGCAGUUGAACGCUGCCACGUGGUGCCGCUUCGCAGUGUGGAUGAUCAUUGGUUUCGCCAUCUACUUCGCCUAUGGGAUCUGGAACAGCAGCGAGGCGCCCAGCAGCCCCCCCCCCGCCCUGCAGACCAAGAAGAAGCCCAUCUACAUACAGGGGAAAGACAGCGAGAUGGAAAGGAUGAGCCCCUGAACUGCAGUUGGGAACGUGGUCAAAGCCCAACACAUUUUACCUCUGAAGUGAAGGCAGACGAUUUGCCUAACAGACACUGUGUCGUGUCUCUGUAU